GACGACGCGAUACCGGCUUUUCUUGUGGCGAAUUGGCUGCGCAUACGCAGUCCGCGGUGCGCCGCAGUAUCGUACACUCGCGUUUUGAACCGUUAGUCGCCAUUUUGCUGGUUAUAUUGCCGCUCCAGUGAAUAAUGCCGACGCCGGACUACAGCGUGGAGCUUGAGCUCGGCGAGCCUCCACCAGAACUGCUGGAGUACUCCCGCCAACACUGUGGGGAAGACCCCAACACUCGUCUGCAGGCCAUAGACGAGUUAAGGGACAUGAUCUAUGAACGAGGGGAGUGCACUCCUCAUCGCAUGGACGACGAGUUCUUGAUAAGAUUUUUGCGCGCGCGCAACUUUAUACCACAAAGGGCACAUCGUUUGAUGGUGAAUUACUACCAGUUCAAGGAAGACAACCCGGAACUUUUCGAGAACAUCUUUCCAUUGGACCUCCGCUGUAUCGGGGACGCUAAUGUGAUUGCUGUGCCUCCGUACCGAGACCAGGAAGGAAGGCGGCUACUACACUUCAGAAUCGGAUGCUGGGAUCCUAAAUCUGUACCUGUAGAGGAUUUGUUCAAGGCGACCAUCCUGGCGUUAGAGAUAGGCAUGUUGGAACAGAGGACGCAGAUCCUCGGAGGAGUCGCCAUCUUUGAUCUGGAGGACAUCGGCACGCAGCACGCUUGGCAGAUCACGCCAUCCGUCGCAGCCAAGAUUGUUAAACUAUUGGUGUCGAGUUUUCCGGCCAUCACCCAUGCGAUCCACAUCAUCAACCACUCGUGGCUCUUCGACAAAAUUUACAGCAUAUUCAGGCCGUUUCUCAACGAGAGUAUGAGCUCCAAGAUCUAUUUCCACGGAUACGACGUCAAGUCCUUACACAAACACAUCCAUCCCGACCACCUGCCAGAGAGAUACGGCGGCAUCUGGCCAGAUUAUUCUUACACAAUAUGGCUAGAAUCCCUCAAGAAAAACUUCGACGUCUCUAAAGAGGUUAUUUCAAUCGGAUACAAAUUCCGCGAAAAGGAAAUUUGCCCAGAAGUCGUGAGAAGACUGGAAGAGGAAGGAAUAAAGUUGUGUUAAAAGUGGGGCAGGAGUUUCACGAAGUUUCACGCACGUAAUCUCGCUUUAUCUGUUUUGUUUAACUUUACGUGUACACAUGUAUAUCUAACUCAGCCACAAGUUCCCAAUUGAGUGCUUAUAUACUUUCUUAUGUUUUCAUGGUAAUAUAUAGGUGGUUUGCAUGUCAUGUUAUCUAACUACACGUGUGGAAAUUUUGCUUGGAAAUGUAUAAAAAUAAGUUAACGAUAUCAUCCCACCCUUGUUAGUAUAAGAUAUAUAAAAUUAGGUUAUGUCUUAGUUUGUAGGAAAUUUGGGUUAAUGUAUGUAAUUCCAUUAGUCUAAAGUAGAUUUAUUUUUAAGUACCUACUUAUAUCUAAUUUUGAGCAAAUAACUAUGCUAUUACUUUAAUUGAAUAUAACUUGAAUCUUUAGUUAGUAGUAGGUUAUAGGUUAUUAUUUUUAUUCUAUUCUUACUAAAUAAAAAAUCGUCAAAAAACCUGUGAUAAUAAAAUUGAGUUCAAUCGAACAAACUAUGAGGUUACUGAGCUUGUUUACUUGUUUUCAGUAGUUUGUUUUUAUUCGAUUAGGUUUUUCAUUAUGUUUUAUGUUAUUCUUGUUUAUACUUAAAAAUACCUUAAAUUAAACUAGUGCCUUAGUGUGUAAAUAAGUAAAAAGUUAAUUCAGUCUGUUCCAAUAAUCUCAUUUACUUGCCUAAUUUAUUUGUAAGGUAGGAUACGUUACAUAAUUUCUUAGAAAGCUAUAAUUAACAUAACAUGCUUGUGGUGAAUUAAAAUACCUGUCAAAGCUAUUUUUACUUUG